CCACAGAAUAAAAGGAGGCUAAACUCUUCUCGGGACAUAAGACAAAAGAAAUUUCCCAAUUUCGUCCGUCAGCAUAUUCAGAUUUUUCUGCUCCCUACUCUAACAACACUCCAUUUCCAAUCAGGGCUUACUGACAGUAAACCUUUCCUGGCGAAUAACGUUUUAACAGCAGGAUGCUCUACAAGCAGAGUGCAGAUGGGCAUGUUUCCAAAUCUCAUAUAUAUUAACAAAUGAAGCGAUGGGUCCUGGUAUCGUUCGGACACUUUGAGGUUUCGAUGGCUGGGUAGUGAGAUUGCUGUGUCUGUGACAAGUAGCGUCUUCGAGUUUAUUCGAGCAGCCUUAAUUAGAUGCAAAGGAUUUUGUGUGGACCAGCAGCCUUUAAUCAUGCCUCGGCAAUUGUCAUUGUCAUGCCAGCGGUGAGCAAGGGAUCACAUUUCGUCAAUGCUCGUGAGAGAGAAACUCGUCUUCGGCAUAAACAUGAGAAGAUACGCGUGCACUUUAUCAGCGCUUCGGAGGAUUUGCACUCCCAAUUCUACUCCCUGCAAAAACAAGGGCUGGAUUUCAGGUACCGGGAAUCUGCUUCUGUCGUCAGAUCUGCGGCCAACACAAUGUUCUUCGUUUUGAUGCUCAGCAUCUUCAAAGGAAUCUAUGGGAACAUGGGAGGACUGGGUGCUUAACCGACCGAGAAACAGAACGCAGAAAGAGAUACGACUGAAGGAACUCACUAGAAGCGCCCUUCUCGCUAUUCUGCUAAACUAGAGGGAAGACUAUAGGACGUGUAGACUUGGAUGUACAGUAUUGGAAGGCUGAUUGCUCAAAUGGCGCAAUCGCUUGAACACGUACGUGGUCAUUCACUCCACAGUGCGUAAAGACGUCAUAUAUUAGCAGAUAGUCAGUCAAAGUUCUUGCUCGAGCAUCCAUCCACCAAUGCAUCCAUCCCUCCAGCUAUCACACGUCAUUCAUCCACAGCUUCAGAACCUCAUCUCCCUCGAGGUACUACAAUGAACUUUGGAAUCGACAGGCACAUUAUGUAAGUGUUUGGAUCACAAAAUGUUUGUGCAUCUUUGCACUCGUCGCUCCUGAGCUGCAAAGGGAAACACUUUUGCUGAUGAAAGUCGUAAGAGAAGGACUUAGACAUUGAGCCUCAAGACAUUUACUUUUGUGUAAGUGGAGAGUAAGUGGUUGCAAGAAACAAGUUGCUGCAUACAAAAAAAUCUGGAUUUGAAAAAACGAACACUCUUAUCGAGGUGAUUGCAUUGGCUACUGUUACAGUGAACAUAUUUCUCAUGGAAAAAUGUGCUCUGCUCCGCCAAGUAUGAUGAUGAUGA